CAUCUCAGAGAGGAAGGCAGCGACUCUAUUUUAUACUUAAAAAAUGUGGCUCCUAAAUGGCGGGGGUGUCUCCUUCCUGCGUAGAAGUUCACGCAUUCUGACAUUUAUCCCUACAAUUGAGUUUGUAGGGAAGAGAAAAGGUGUGCGCAACCGCUCUUCGUUUUGUUCAAGUAGUGGUAUGAUUAAGCUCAUUUCUACGAAUAUGGCAGAGAAAGUGAUGAGCAAAGCUCAGCCAGAGCUUAUGCUUGUUUCCGACCUGGAUUUCACAAUGGUUGAUCAUGACGACCCUUCACACCAGUCACUGCUAAACUUUAAUAGCUUGUGGGCAGCUGAGUACGCACAUAAUUCGGUGUUGGUCUUUUCAUCAGGCCGAUCACCACAGAGAUAUAAUGAAUUGAGGGGCCAAGUCCCAUUGCUCACGCCUGCAAUACAUGUUUUAUCGGUGGGUACAGAGAUUUUUUAUGGACUCCAGCCUGAUGCUACGUGGCUCAAUCUACUCGACCAAGGAUGGAACAGAGAUAUUGUUUUCGAGGAGGCCAAAAUGUUCCCUCAACUUCAACUACAGGAGGAAUCAGAGCAACGACCACACAAAAUUAGUUUUUAUUUGAACAAGGAGGAAGCACCAAAAGUUCAAGAACAGCUAUUGUCCAGAUUGCAAAGCAGACAGCUUGAUGUGAAACUGAUUUACAGUGGAGGAAUAGCCUUUGAUGUGCUUCCUAAAAUGGGUGGGAAAGGAGAAGCCCUGGCUUACUUGAUGAGAAAAAUGAAGAAAGAUGGAUCACUAUCCAAGAAUGUCCUUGUAUGUGGAGACUCAGGCAAUGAUAUAGAAUUAUUCACUGUUGAAGGAGUUCAUGGAGUUAUUGUCUCUAAUGCUCAGGAAGAGCUAAUUCAAUGGUACAAAUCCCACAAUUUUAUCAAUAAAGUCUACCAUGCAAGCGAGAGAUGUGCUGGUGGGAUCAUUCAAGCUCUUCAGAAUUUUAAUUUUGGACCACAUUAUACAUCACGUGAAAAGAUAAAAAAUAAUCAGUUUGAUUACCCUGAGGCUGAUCUUCAAACGGAAAGGUUGCUGGGAGAUGGCGCAGCUAAAAGAGAAGUUAUAGAGUUCAAUUUAUUUCUAGAAAUGUGGUUAAAUGGCCACAUUGAGAACAAUGACAAAAGUUACCAAAGAGUUAUGGGUGUAAUUGCUAAGGGUGCAACUAUGGUUUAUCCUUGGGGAAAAGAGUCAAAUUUGAAUGAAGCAUUGGAUCUUAUUCGAGAAAAGCAUGGGCUGAUGAAGGGAAAAGCUUUUAUGACCUGGAUUGACAACAUACAAGAGAAGAAACUAGCAGAGGGUGUGUAUCUUGUCACGUGGGAAUCAUGGGAGAAGUUUAAUGAUGGAGAGCACAAAGGACAUUAUGCGACUGCUAUUCUUGUCUCAAAGGAGAAAACCCCAAAUGGAGUGGAGUGGUUAAGGGUUCAUGAGACAACCAUGAACCACAGUUUACGAUAGUUUAGUUUCAAGCUGUAAUUAAUGAACAUCGUUCUUUUGACCAUCUCUAACUUAUUCGCAUGGAGAGGAUAAUCUACUUAUAUGAUUUGUGCUAUAUAAUAAUUUCUCCAGUUGUUUUUUCUGGUACCAUAUUGACAUGGGGAAAGAUUUUACAUAUUUAUUGUUGUGUUCUAAAUUCUAAAUUUGUUAAGAAUAAUUCAUCUUAGUACGCUA